AGCGGCGAUUUAAAUAAUCUCGUACGAUCCAACGUUCAUUAAGCGUACGUGGCCCAUUUCGAUCAGAUCCUACCCGACACAUACUCUCUCUACAGUCUCUCACACUCUCUCUCUAGACUCUCACUGUCUCACACUAAACAUUCUCUCUCUACAGUUGUUUUCGAGUAAUCUUAACUUUGCCAAAUAGUCCCUUUUCUUCCUUAACCUUUCAUUUGUCAACAAUACCUCUCUGCAUUUUAGUCCUCUUCAAUCUCUUCCUCUGUCUUCUCUGUUUUUAAUCUCCAUUGUUGUUUCCUCGAGACGAUCGGAGUUUGAUUCGAGUGAUUUUUGCUUUAAGUGUAUCGUCAAAGAUUCAAGAGUAGUUGUGUGGCUUGUUGGGGUAAUAAAUGGACCAUAAAGCAUGGCCUUGGAAGAAGAAAUCAAUGGAGAAAACCGUUGUCGAAAGCAAUAGCAUUUACUCCAAUGGCGAGAUUGAGAAGCUUGUUGCUGACAAGAUCGAGCUGGAGAAUUGCCUUAAAAGUCUAACUGAUAAGCUUACCUCUGUGGAAGCUGAGAGCAAUAAGCAUAAGACUGAGACACAAGAAGCACUAAUUGGGUGGGAGAAGACGAAAGCUGAAUCAACAUCUCUCAAGAAGAAGCUAGAAGAAGCUCUGAAUGAGAAACACAGGAGCGACGAGAGGUCGAGUCACACGGAUGCUGGUCUAAAAGAAUGUAUGCAGCAGCUUCGCUUUGUUAGGGACGAGCAGGAGCAAAGGAUGCAUGAUGCUUUGACAAAAGCAUCACAGGAGUACGAACGAAGAUUAAAUGUUCUAAAGACUGAAAUGGUAGGUACUGGUAAGAGACUUGCAGAAGCAGAAGGCGAGAACACUCAACUCGCAAAGGCUUUGUUAGCAAAGAGCAAAACCGUUGAUGAUUUAAACAGAGAGAGGGACCGUAUUGAAGCUGAUUUCAAUGCUUUGGUGAGUAGUUUAGAGUCGAAGGAGAAAGAAAACGUUUCUCUGAGAUAUGAAGUCAGAGUGCUGGAGAAAGAGCUUGAGAUUCGUAAUGAAGAGAGAGAGUUUAGUCGUCGAACAGCUGAAGCAUCUCAUAAACUGCACUUGGAGAAUGUCAAGAAAGUUGCAAAACUCGAAGCAGAGUGUCAAAGGUUGAGGAUACUUGUCAGGAAACGGUUACCGGGACCUGCUGCUCUGUCCAAAAUGAGGAAUGAAGUAGAGAUGUUGGGAAGGAGAAGGGUCAAUGGCACGAUGAUCGAUUCCGAGAAGAUCAGUAACCUCACUGAGCAAAUAUGCUUACUGGAAGAAGAGAACAAGACUCUGAGGGAUGCGUUGAACAAGAAAGUCAGUGAGCUUCAGUUUUCAAGAAACAUGUAUUCUCGAACAGCGUCAAGGCUACUAGAAUUCGAGUCUCACCUCGAAGAAUCUUCUAAAGGCACAACAAACAUUGAGCCAAGCAGGAGCAGCAAUGUGUCACAUGAGGUCUCUCUUGCAUCACUAUCGGAGUUCGACAACGAUGAUAAAGUUAGCUGUGCUGAUUCUUGGGCUUCUGCUUUGCUUUCAGAGCUGGAGAAUUUCAAGAACAAGAAGCAAACGGGGUCGAGUUUGGUCAGAACACCUAAAGCUUCAGAGAUGAAACUAAUGGAUGACUUUGCUGAGAUGGAGAAGCUUGCAAUGGUUACAAGUACAAUCGAUGGAAGCUCUCCUGUCUGUUCGUCUGAUUCCAUUUCAGCUUCUGGUCCGGUAGAGAAUGAAUCUAAUGAAACUUCAUCUCCCCAAUACAUCAAGUCAGAUUUAGUGAGCAAAUCUCUUCACAUUGUCUUGAAAGCGAUACUGGAGCAUAAGCGAAUCACGCAGAGAAACACCGAUGAAGUUCUUGAAGAUAUCAGAAAAGCUCUGUUAGGUGUAAACCAUUCAAGCUUAAAACAGACAGAGACUCUCACUGUGGAGGAUAGAACAGACAUGGAGUGUGAUAUCAGCAAACCGAUUCGAAGAAUCGUGGAAAUUAUCGAAGGAGUCAGCUUAAAAGACGAGAAGAGGCAUGUGUCACAAGGAGAAUCAGAAAGGCUUUCGGGUUACACUGCUCGUGUCUUGCAAUGGAAAACUACAGAGCUAAGUAGUGUAUUGCAGCGGUUUCUUGAGACUUGUUACGGUCUAUUAGAAAGAAAAGCAGACAUGAAUAAGUUUGCAGAAGAGUUAAGCUCUGUGAUGGAAUGGAUGGUGAACCACUGUUUUUCUCUUCAAGAUGUUUCGAGCAUGAGAGAAGAGAUCAAGAAGCAGUUCGAAUGGGAUGAGUCACGGAGUGGAAGCGAGGUUGAUAUUAGUAUAGUUGGUCAGGUUUCAGAAGCAGAUAAGCUUAAGACAGAUGAAGUUUCAUCUUUGGCUUGCAAGAAUCACAAGCUUGAAGAAGAGGCAGAAGACAAGACAACAAGUGAUUCAGCGAACGAGCUCAAGCUGGAAGAAACACAAAACAUGCGAACUGAACUGGAGAUAACUGCUGCUUCUGAGAAGUUAGCCGAGUGUCAAGAGACAAUUCUAAACUUGGGAAAGCAGCUCAAAGCAUUGACUGACUCAAAGGAAACAGCUUUACUCUCAGAGAAACUCACACCAGACAACUUAGCAACUUCACAGCCUUCACAAGAGACAACAAAGCCAGAGAAGAGGUUGACUACACAAAGAUCAUCUCUUUUGGAUCAGAUGAAGGCAGAGGAUCACGACACUGGAGGAGAAUCCAAGGAUGAGAAACCUCAUCAAGCAGCAGAGAAAACCGGGAAAGGAGGCGGUUCUGUCUACAACGAAACCAUCGAGGCGUUGGAACAGAUACUUCUCUCAGACAAGAAAAGCAAAGGCUCAGAGACAAACGGCUUCGCCAUUGUUCCUCAGAAAAAGAGAAACGGAGCAAAGAGCCUCUGGAAGAAGCUGUUGGGGAGGAAAAACAAAAGCAAGAAGAGCAAGAAGCUCCCUAAUCCAUUUGCCACCUAAUCAAGAAGAUGUUGUCACUGUCAUCUAGACUAUAAUCUAAUACCUUAAUCAUGUUCUUUUUAUGUUACUCCGUACUAAGAAAACUAAACUGUCAUUUUUCAUAGAUCUUUUGGCAGUAUAUAUAUAUAUAUAUAAACUUGUAGUCUCAGAAAAACGUACAAUCAAUUUCACAACAACAAAAACAAAAGUGAAGAAAAA